CAGGACUGGGAGGGCGGAGGGGAUGCUGGCGGCUCUUUUCCAGUUGCCGGCACCGCCGAUGCCGCUGCGGAUGUAGGUUUGGGAGGUGGAGGGGGCGACAAGAGAAGAGGAGCUGCUGCUGGAGGAGGGGCUGGAGAUGGACAUGGUGAGGUGGAUUGUUCGGUGUUGGUUUGGUUGGUUGUGUAAAGGGUGAAGGUAGUUGAGUGGAGGUGGAGAUACAGGGGGAUUCGAAGGUUUGAGGCGGUGAUUGCACAAGUAAGGAGUAUGAUGAUAUACGAUGAGAUCUCGAGUCUACUUAUACUUCGACCAGGGCCAAGCACAAAUACUCUCCGGGAAAGAGUGAUACACUGCAAGCCAGACAUUGUACAACAGCGGCACAUAGCGUCACGGAGCGUUCGAGGGAGGCUGGCUGCGUCUUGACCCAGCUCGCGCUCAUCCGCGAAUGAAUGCUAUAGCGGGAAGAUAUUUAUGCGCGCGAGGAUGCAGCGAAGGCAUCUGCCGUCCACAGCCGCAUGCCAGAGAUGGGCGUCAGUACUCGGUGUACAUAGAUUUGCUGGGACGAUUGCCGCCAAGGACCAGCUGCGGUCGUUGGGGUGGCCAGCUUGGUCCGAAAACGGCCAGCAAUCUGCUUCGAUUGGGUUCAAGGCACGCACGUUAGCUGAGUUCGGCACCCCUGUGCAGCUCGUCGACGGGUAUGUGGAGGAGGGGUGCAUGGUUAGUGGAGUGCCCAGGCGACCAGACUUCGGCUUCGAGCGCUGUCCCAGCUUGAUAUGGAGCGCUAUUUUUAAGCUCCGAAUGCUACGGCCUAGGCUAUUGGCCACGCGAGAGCAUAUCGGAGCAUUUUCGAGCAUUUUCGAGCUAAGUCCAGGCUCGAUCUCUCCCCAGCCGUGCGGGCUCGCCUGGUCGCGCUGGAGAAUUUUGGGCUGGCUGAGGGCGCAUGCUAGCUCGUCGAAUCUUGGGAAUCUGAAUCUGGAUCUAGCUGAAUUCUAUUAGCAGUAUCUUGAUUCGAUGGGUCGCAACAAGUAGCGAUCAGGGCAUUGCGGCCAUAUUCUGCUGGGGGUACCGGACCAUGCGCGGUGAAGUCGUCCGUAUCGUGAUGCUUUAACUGGUAGAGUUGACAUCCGUUAUCAUUGCCGGACUGGAACCUUAGCGCCAUUGAGGAUCCGUGAGGUCGAAGGCGUUUGCGACUGCAGUGCGGUGUGACUGUGGCUGCUCCCAAACCUCGAUUGUACACUUCUGGAGCUCAGCUGGGAAGAAUGAUGGUGGCCGGACGAAACACGUGUACAACAGGAUUGCCAAAGCCCAUUCCGGCGGGAAGUCAAUUAUAGAUCAUGUAGCCGGUGGUAUGGUAUCCUCACCUCUGC